CUCAAGAUCUGAACCUGCUAUGACUGACCCAGACGUCCUCACUGAGGUCCCAGCAGCUCUCAAACGCCUUGCCAAAUAUGUGGUGCGUGGCUUUUAUGGCAUUGAACAUGCUUUAGCUCUGGACAUUCUCAUCAGGAACCCCUGUGUGAAGGAAGAGGACAUGUUAGAGCUCCUUAAAUUUGAUAGGAAGCAGUUGCGGGCUGUCCUCAACACCCUCAAGGGUGACAAGUUCAUCAAAUGCAGGAUGAGGGUAGAGACGGCUCCAGAUGGCAAAACCACCCGUCAUAACUACUACUUCAUCAACUACCGCCUUCUGGUUAAUGUGGUGAAGUACAAGCUGGACCACAUGAGGAGGAGGAUUGAGACGGAUGAAAGAGACUCCACCAAUCGCGCCUCUUUUAAAUGCCCCAUUUGCUUCAGCACUUUCACAGACUUGGAGGCCAACCAGCUGUUUGACCCCAGAACAGGAACUUUCCGCUGUACUUUCUGCGAGACUGAAGUGGAAGAAGAUGAGUCGGCGAUGCCCAAAAAGGAUGCAAGGACACUCGUGGCAAGAUUUAAUGAGCAGAUUGAGCCCAUCUAUGCACUGCUUCGUGAGACGGAAGACGUUAACUUAGCCUAUGAAAUCCUCGAGCCAGAACCCACAGAGAUUCCUGCCCUGAAGCAGAGCAAGGAGCGUGCAGCUGGUACUGGUUCAGGGCCAACAGCUGGCCUUGCAGGUGGACACCAUCGGGAAGCAUGGACUACAAAAGGACCAUCAUAUGAGGACUUGUAUACCCAGAAUGUUGUCAUCAGCAUGGAGGACCAGGAGGAUCUUAACCGGUCUGCAAGUGAAGGAAAGCCAGCCAGAGAGAGGCCAAUUUGGCUACGAGAGAGCACAGUGCAGGGGGCUUAUGACCCUGAUGAAAUCAAAGAUGGGGCCCGGGAUCUGGAUGCCUUCCAGGAGCGUGAGGAGGGACGAGCAGCUCUGGAUGAUAAUGAGGAGGUGAUGCGUGCCCUGCUUAUCCACGAGAAGAAGACACCUUCUGCUUCAACAGUCACUGUCGGAGGUGCCGCUCCUCUCUCCGGUGCCAAUGCUAGUGACUCCGAGAGCGAGACGAGCGAGUCAGAGGAGGAAUCCCCUCCCCGCCCUCCCACCACGGCCACCACAACAUAUGGGCUAGAGGAUGAGGAUGAGGAUGAAGAGUUUGAGGUGGUGGCAGAGGACCCCACCGUCACAGUGGCUGGGCGUCCACACUCGUACAGCCAAGUGAGCCAGCGGCCUGAGCUGGUGGCCCAGAUGACACCGGAAGAAAAAGAGGUUUACAUAGCCAUGGGGCGACGCAUGUUUGAGGAUAUGUUUGAUUAACUGCUUCCUGCCGUGGCAUUUUUUAAAAAGUGACUUUUUAAGCCAGAGAUUCCCUAGUAAAACAGAAGACUAAAGUGCAUCUUUCCUCCCCUGUGCGCAGGGACACUGGGGCUUGGGACUGCUAAUCUCAGGCAUCUUGCCCACCAGAGAGAGGUAGAAGGAAGGCUGUGUGUGCCAAAACGGGUAGGGGAGGACAAGUCUCAGAAGUGAGGAUGCUUGCAAAGUAAAAAUCUGUUUCAGGGUGCCCCGCGCAGGCACUGCUUUAACCCUCUCCAAGGCCGCAGCAGCUGCCUCCCCUCAGUUGCUUUGGGUUGAUUUUUGUCGCAGAUCCUAGUGAAGUCCACAUCCCUGCCCUCAGAGGACGAAAGGGUUCCAUAGUCUCAUCAGAGUGCUCUGCAGAGGAAGGUGUAAGUAACAUUACAGCUGCCUGUGCUUAGUGAGGGGAGAGGAGAGGGACGCACUCGUCUGCUGAUGGGAAGCUUGGGCAGGGCUUGUAGCUGACCUCCUGCUAGCAGCCACUCGCCGGCGGAGUGGCUGUUUCUAAGCAGGCCUGUAGGCAGCAACCUUUUCUUGCUCCCGUUUGCUCCUUACUAGGUCUCAGCACCUCAAGGUCAGGUGUAACUUGAAACACGCGGAGUGAAAGCCUUGGCAAGCGUACACAGUCACUCUUUGUCAAUGUAACGAAAGCCCUCCAUGCAUCUGAGCUGUCGGAGUGCUCUGACUUACCAGGAGAUACCUUAAUUUUUCAGUAUUGUUGCCUGUUGCUUCUGCCUAGUCCUGUCCAAACUCCAGUGUUGCAGACGGUUCGGUUCGUAGUGGGCAGGGCCGUAGUCAGGCAGCGCCAGAGAAAUAGCAUAGCUAGUUUUUAUUUGCAGUCAUACCAGGGCUGUAUCAUUUUAAGAGGAAUUAUGCAAUUUUGAAUUCUGCUUUGGCACACUCUUUUACCAUAGAGAAACAUUUAUCAGUGCCUACAGAGCAAUAUCAUAUUUUUAAUGUUUUUCUCUUUUGAUUGAAAAUGUUGUUUUGUAAAAUUGUUGUUUUCCUAUCCAGUACUACAAUAAAACAAAGUGAUAAAAGAAUCUUGUGUUCCAGAGGGUAGGGACAGUAUUAUGUGCUGUUCUAUUUACAUGGGCAGCAUGAAUUUGCUGUUCACUGAGACUGUAAAUCUGUUUUAUACUAACUAUGCUUUCUAUGUUCUGCUAACCUUGUAAUGCUUCCUUUGUCAUUUUACUUUCAGCUUCUUGAU